GAUUCUUGAUCAGGCAGCUAGCAUGCCUAAACACUCUACGAAAUGCACGCAGUUUAUUUUUUCUUUACUCGACUCUCGGUGCAUUUGUCCCUCCUAUACUUUCUGAUCAAACCGAAUUCCCGUUAAACGGGUCAGAUCUUCCUCGAUACUAGUGUUUUGCUCCCAAUUAAGUUCAAUUUAGUAAUGUGUGCAUACAAAAUUGCACCCCGGCUUGUUGGACAUAGCACUCGCCAUGAGCUUCUCCUGAGUUGCAAGUGCCAUCUUUUACAAGAGUUUUUCUGAAUCUUGAACACAAGACCGGAGUUACUGCUCCUAUAUAUACACCUGUAUCAUCCACCGGCUUGCCAACAAGUCAAUUCCCUUGCAUUUAUCAGUAGUUCCUAUACAAGAGGGUGCAAGUAGUCAUGGGGGUCCUGAAUUGGGUGCAGAGCAGGAUUCAUGGAGCUCAUCACAGCAAAAAGAAAGCAGAGUUCAUUGUUUGCCCAGCACAACAUGCUGAGACUUCCAGUGGAAUUCCUCGGACCUACGAGCUCAACGACGGCUGGAGCACAGGGAUGCUGUCGAUCCGGACGUUCGGCACAAGGGAAGGGCACAGACUGAAGAGUUCUGACGGAUCCUGCACGGUCAGUGUCGGUGAGCUCAAGAAGCUGCAGGAGGAGGUCAGGUCGCUCAUGAGAGCCGAAGGAGUUACUACAGCUGACGAACUGAACAGGGUACAUUACCUGACACGGAUUAUCUGGGGAUUGCUUCACAAGAACACACAUUUGGAGAACUCGGCAUUCUCUGAUCAUGUGAUCAGGGAUGAUCGAGCAGUCCAGAUGCCCCGACAAGAAAAGGCAGGGGUAGACGAAGGGGGCAAAUGGAUCAGAACAGAUUCAGAGUACAUCGUGUUAGAGAUCUGAACUUCCAGGAUGGCAGCAGAAAGGAAAGACCGAGUUCUUGUACAAUAUUUAUUUGGUUCAUUCAUGUCUGCAAAAAUAUAUUAUCAGCUUGGCCU